CUUCACUCACUCACUGACUGUCUGAGGAAGAGGAGCAGGGAGAACACAGCAACACAGUCACUGAGAGGAUUUACAAAACUUUAUCGUUAUUAUUCCCCCUCGUGUUUCUGUCUAACAGUCUGAUCCACCGUCACCAUGAAGGAAAGGAGACUCACACAGCCGUUUGUAGCGAGGUGUAAACUCGUGCUGGUCGGAGACGUCCAAUGCGGUAAAACUGCGAUGUUACAGGUCCUGGCCAAAGACUGCUACCCCGAGACUUAUGUCCCCACUGUGUUUGAGAACUACACGGCCUGUCUGGAGCUUGAAGACCAGCGUGUUGAGCUCAGCCUCUGGGACACAUCAGGUUCUCCGUACUACGACAACGUCAGACCCCUCUGCUACAGCGACUCAGAUGCAGUGCUCUUAUGCUUCGACAUCAGCCGACCAGACAUAGUAGACAGUGCACUGAAGAAGUGGAAAGCAGAGAUUCAGGACUUCUGUCCCAGCACACGGAUCCUACUAAUAGGUUGCAAGACAGACCUGCGCACAGACGUAUGCACGCGCAUGGAGCUGUCCAAUCAGAAACAGACUCCCAUCUCUUAUGAACAGGGUUCGUCCUUGGCCAAGCAGCUCGGAGCAGAGGCUUAUCUGGAGUGCUCAGCCUUCACAUCCGAGAAAAGCAUCCACAGUGUUUUCCGUACUGCGGCGCUGGCCUGCAUGAACAAACUCCAGGCUGCCAAUAAACCCAGCCCUGUCCGCCGCCUCUCCAAGAGACUCCUACACCUGCCCAGCAGGACAGAGCUCCUCUCCUCCACCUUUAGCAAGGACAAGUCCAAGAGCUGCUCCAUCAUGUGAAUACUGCUGAGCUCAUGCAAAGCAAGGACACGCAGGUGGUUCCAGCGAGGGGUUCGGGGUGUGCAAGGGAAAGAGAGCACUGAUCUCUACAAAGCGUCUUUCUCCUUUGCAGCAUCCUCCCCAAACUUCCUGUCAGCCACUUCAAAAAAAAUGUGCUCCACUCUCUAUAUUCAACUCUGACACUGAAGUUUUGAUCAUGACAUAUCACCAGCACACAGUGCAGAGACAGAGUGAAAUGUUUGAUGUUGAAAAUAUUUCUGAUGUAUUAAAUAUGUACAAAGAGAGAUUAUAACAGGCACUUUAAAACCUGUUAGAUUCAUCACAUAAAGGUUGCUGUCAGAGCUUAAAUAAGGUCAUACCUCCUCUUCUCCAAGUGGUUGUAAACGCUGCAUUUGACUGCAUUACCCUCAUUUGAAAUUCUGAUAGCGGUGCCCUUUCCCAUCCAUCUCUUUAUCUGAAUGUCUCUUUAAGGUCACGCUAUGGGCUGAGUGACGAGAUGAAAUGUAAAAUCUGACAGUGACAGGAAGUGGUACCUACAGAAAUGCGGCUUGGGGAAUUUAAAACAGCAGAAAUUACUCCCCCGUUGACCCCUCACGGUAUUUCGUUUAGAAAUUAAAGCUGACAGUGGAGGAAAAAAGGGGUAGAGAAGGGAGGGAUUUGGCAAAGCAGAGUGUUCAUUUGCAAAGACAGUCGAAGGACGAACCAAGAGCACAUCUGAAGGAACGCAGUGUGACUCAGCACUCACAUGAGCCACCAAACAGUCAAGGGGUGGACACACUGGGACAAAAACAAACACACAAUCCUGGGCCAUGUAAAGACCAGCUGAGCAUGUUUUUGUCAGAUCUCCUUUCAUCAACCAGUACCACAGCAGUCUUUAAUUUUUCAGUGUUAUUAAUCCUAAGGCUUGAUUUUAGUGAUGUUACAUUAAUGAUGCAUCAUCUCACUGUUCCCUGAUACUUUAAGAGCUGUUUAAUAGAUACCAGCGUUUCAUCCAGCAUUUUUUUCUUGGUCUUUAAAAGAUAAAAACAUAAAAGAUUUCUUUGCAAAACUGUUUUUAUACCAAAAUGAGUCAGAAGAAGUCUUUGUUUUUUUUAAUCCUCUGCCUCAUGGAUAUAUAAAAUAGUCCGCAGCUUUUAACUUUGUGGACUGCAAAUAUGGGCCUUUAAACAAGCUCCACGGUGCUUUGUUAGGCUGAUUAUUGUUAAAGGGAGAGUUCACUCCUCAAUCUAAAAUACAUUUUUUUCUCCUACAUGUAGUCCUAUUUAUCAGUCUUGAUUGUUUUGGUGUGAGUUGCUGAGUGUUGGAGAAAUCGGCUGUAGAGAUGUCUGCCUUCUCUUGAAUAUAUUGUGCUCAAAGUGGCAAAAAAUGCAUUUGAAAAAUUCAACAGCAAUGUCUCCUUCCAGAAUUCAUGACCCAGUUAAUCCAAAGACCUUAUUGUGACCAGUUUCAUGUAGGAACUAUUUUCUUUUUACCGAACUACACCCAACAACCGUAUCACUGCACAGAAGGAAGUGGGCAUCUACUCAUGAAUGAGAGGCUUGUAUUUGUGACAGCGCGAGAUGUAAACAUUAAUCAAACAUUAGCUAGCUCAGUAGUGCUAGGUGAGCUAGCCUUAACGGUUGAUUAUCAGCUAAUCUCCGGAAGCUAGCAAUGUCUGCUCAGUGAUACGGUUGGUAAGUGUAGUUUGGUAGAAAGAAAACUGCUCACAACAAGGUCAUGAUUUCUGGACAAAGACU